AUAAAACAAAGUGAGCAGAGGAGACAAUAUUUGGAGGAGAAGCAAAGUUGGCACGCCACAGUUGCACUUUUGAAUGAAAAAGUGGAUUGUGCGAGAAUUGAGAGUGAAUUUGCAAAGCAGGAGAUGAAAAGACAAAAUGAAGAUUUUGCCAAGAAACUUGAGUCGCAAGAGGCGGAGCUCAGGAAAAAUGUAGAGGAUCAGCGGGCCAGGAGACGUGAGGAGGACGCACGCAGUGCCGACGGAUUGUCAUUAGGAGAGCGUCUUCUACAGAAGCAAAUUGAACUGGAAGAGGCCCUCCGAAGGAAUCAAAUACUUUCUAUUCGUCUUGAGAAGUUACAG